AUGAAUAAAAAUUGGAGUAAUGGAAGUGUCGUCACAAAUUUCAAAAUGAUUCGUGAUUUUACUCUUAUUGUAUUACAAGUGAUUAUUUCUAAUUUCACGGCUUUUCUCCCACAAAUACUUGUUGUGUUGCCCGAAAUAUUUAAAACAAAAAAUAAUUCAUACUCAAAUGAAACGACGUGGAUUAAUCGCGCAUUCUCGACUUCCAAUACUUUUUCACUCUUUUCCAUACUUCAUUUUUCACUUUUGUUGACGCUGAAUCGUUUUGUGGCACUAAUUUUACCAAAAUACUACGCUUUUUUCGAAUCAGCAAAGUUGUAUUUUCUAAUUGCUUUUGUGUGGUUAUCAGUUUUAGCGAUCACAUCUGCCGAUUUUUAUUAUUGUACCAGAAGAUUCCUUGUGUGGAAUCUCAGUUGGGAAGCAAAUUGUGCAAAGUCAAGCGGAAUAAGCCAGACUUGGUGGAGGAUAUCUUACCGUUGGGCAUUACUUAUACCUAAUAUAAUGUUCGCUAUGUAUAUCGCCAUACUCUACAGCAUACGUCGUAGGCGUCAUUUUGUAAUGUAUGGUAACAAUGGAAAACAACAAGCGAUACGAUAA